GAGGUUAGCUUGUUGAUUGGAAAAAGUUGUUGACAAUUAGUAUUUGAAACACAAACAUGAAAAUUGUGGUGGAAGGUUGUGCUCACGGCGAAUUGGAAAUAAUAUAUGACACCAUCAAACUUCUGGAGGACAAGGAAAGCAUUAAAAUCGAUUUGUUGAUUUGCUGUGGCGAUUUCCAAUCAACCCGCAAUGAAGCAGAUUUACGUUGCAUGGCUGUGCCACCGAAAUAUUACAACAUGUGUUCAUUUUACAAAUAUUAUACAGGUGAGAAAGUGGCCCCGAUUCUAACAAUUUUUAUUGGAGGAAACCAUGAGGCUUCCAACUACUUACAAGAGCUCCCUUAUGGAGGAUGGGUGGCUCCAAAUAUUUACUAUCUAGGUUAUGCUGGUGUUAUAAACAUAGCUGGUGUCCGUAUUGGUGGAAUCUCAGGAAUAUACAAGAGUCAAGAUUAUAUGAAGGGCAGAUUUGAGAAGUCUCCAUACAAUGACAGUACUAAAAGAAGUGUUUAUCAUAUCAGGAAUGUGGAUGUGUUUAGGUUGAAGCAGCUCUCAAAUGAAUUGGAUAUUUUCUUAUCUCAUGAUUGGCCUUCAGGAAUUUGGGAACAUGGCAAUAAAAACCAAUUGAUUAAAUUUAAACCAUUUUUUAAGACUGAUAUGGAAACAGGAAAACUAGGAAGUCCACCUGGUGAAGAACUAUUAAACCACCUGAAACCAAAAUAUUGGUUUGCCGCUCAUUUACAUUGUAAAUUUGCGGCUGUUGUUAACCAUAAUGAUCAGCAAAAAACAAAGUUUUUAGCUUUGGACAAGUGUUUACCAAGAAGGAGGUUCCUGCAAGUUUUUGAUUUGCCACAUGAUGAGAACAGACCUAUUGAUAUCAGUUAUGAUCUAGAAUGGUUAACAAUUUUGUUCCUAACUAACCAUUUAGUUAACGUUAAAAACUCUUACAAUUAUAUGCCUGGAGUUGGUCAGAAUCAAAGAUUUGAAUUCACACCAACAAAGGAAGAAAAGACUAAUAUUUUACACAAGUUUCACAAUGAUUUAAGGGUGCCAUUAAAUUUUGUGAAAACAGUGGAAGGUUUUAAUUUAGAUAGUCCAAAGGAGAAGUUUAUAACUCAACCAAAACCCCAGUCAAAUUCACAAACUGUGAAUUUUUGUAAAAUACUGGGUAUUGAUGAUCCAAUGGCACUUUUAACAGAUUUAACUGAUGGUGAAAGUGUUGAGGAAAACAAAACUGAAGAAAUUAAGGAAAACCGUUUAGAAACUGAAAAUAGUGCUCCUGAAAUUCCGGUUAGAAAAUUGAAUUUACCUGAACCUAAAAUGGAGAGUAGUGUAGAACUAAUUGAAGUUUCCAACUUGUCUAUUUUAUCUAAAGGAAGUCUAGAAGAGUAUAAAACAAACACAUCUUUUGAAACAAAUGAUAUAGACGGCGAAAUUGUUAACAAUAUAAACAAUGUUGAAGAUACUCAAACAGACACACCAAUUAAAAAAAAGUUUAAGAGAAGAAAUGCUGAAAUAUACGAAUCCGAAUCCGCAUGAUUUAAAUACUUUUUAAUGCUAGUUAAUAGAAUUGUGCAAUUUUCUGAUUGCUGAAGUUUGUGAUAAAGUAGAUCAGACUAAACAAUUUGUAUUAUAAGAAAAUUUUAUAUGAAUAUUUAGUACGAAUUACUUUUUAAGCGCAGUUGUAAUUAGAAUUGCAAUGAAUGAAAUGAAAUUUUACUUAUAAA